AUGGUCGUCGCCUUGCGGGAACAGCAGCAGCCCAAAAAGUCCAAGCUCUCCCUCUUUCGAUUGGUUAAGGCAUCAACAAAGCCAGCCCCGCCAUCGCCACACACACGCUCCAGCCAUGACUCACAAACAACAUUCUACGACUCUCACCCGGCGCAUGCUUCCUCAGCCCAACAAGCUGCUCCCCGCUCGUCCUCGACUAACCGGAUAAUCAGAGCUACCCGCGAUGCUGAAUCACAACGUGGUGCCCCCCCAAUCGCUGUUCAUUACCAGUUCCCCGAGGCCUCCAACCUUCCCCGCAACGAUCGCUGGGCGUCUUCCACGGAUGAGUACGAUUAUUACACACACGCCGAAGCGCAGUACCGACGCAGCCGUGCAGACUCUUUGCCUCUCCAAGGCUUUGUGCACCCCACGGAGCAAGCCUCUGCACCUCUGGCGCCAACCGGUCGUCUCAAUGUUCCAGCGCUCGCUAGGAUCCAGACGCAAGCUAUGUUGCCCUCGAAGCACUCUCGUCAGCGCUCUCAUUUUAGUAUUCCAGACGUCGUCGUCACCACUUGCGAAGAAGAGGGGGAAGAACAAGUAGUUGAGCUCGAGAUCCCCCCAAAUAAGCGUCGCAGUUACGUGCUGCGCGACGCCAGCGAAGAACGUGGGCAAGAGCAAAGGUCCUUUAAAAAGUCGAGCUCUGCCACUGUCCGUAGACCAGCCCCCCUGAUUCGAUUCGAUACUCAAGAGAUGAAGACUAUCGGAAUGACACGUACCGGGUCCAUUCCCAGCAUCAGCAGCGCUGGCUCUUUGGCCUCCUUGGCUGAGGUCGCCACUGCUACUUCAUCCACCCCAACCUCUUCCGCCAGUUCAAGCCUCUCCAAGGGAUCCACUGCAAAGAGAAAUCGAAAACCCACAUUCCCGCUUCUCUUCGGACGCAGGACAAGCGACUCGUCGAAGUCUAAUGCUGCUUCGCAAAUCUACGUCGAAGAGCCGCUCCCGUAUUCUCCCACCACGCCCACCUCUGCUCCUGCAAACUACGGUGAUUCGUUUAGAUCAGCUCAACCGGACGGCCUGCUCUUUUCGUCAAAUCCAACCUCUGCGUCUACCAACCCCCCUCCUUCGCGCAACAUUUUCACGAGGGCCAUCAGCGGUCUUCCCUCUCCGCCAGUCACUCCCACAUCCCCACCGCGCUCAGCUUUGCGUAAACAGAUGAAAGCCAAGGCCAAGGAAGAACUCGCUCUCAUCAAGGAGCUCGAGCGCGUCGACAAACUCGUCAAGCAACACGACGACAAAGCGCGCAAAGCGCAGGAGAAGAUUGAGGCCAAGAACCGCAAGAGAGCUGCCAAAUUGGCGCAGAUUAAUCAAGAGUUCGAGAGGCCUAGUCUGGAUACCAGGCCGUCGGUCGACACCUUCAGCAGCGGCCGGUCGCAGCCAGUGCCCGACAAUCGAAUUUUGAUCAGGACCGUCUUUAAAGCAUCCACCAAGGCACCGGCAACCGCGGGCGUUGGCAGAAGAGUCAGCAUUCGCGGUGGUGCAGCCGAGGUUCGCACGGGGCACGGAGAGCGACGCGGUUCCGAGCCGACCCUAGUUCAAUCUUCAAGUCCUCCAGAACAGAGAGCAAGUGGCACCACGCCAUUCAGUGUGGAACUACCUGGGGACGAGAGCCUUUCGUUUAGCAACCCGCGAGCCGCACCACAACCCAACGUAGCGCCAAAACUUCCAGAGCAGACCGCACCGUUGUCGCUCAGCAAGCAGAACGAAGGACGCUCGAGCUUGCCCAAGAAUUCUUCACCGCCGCGUCCCACCCGACCGGCGCCUGCCGUCCCCAUUCCGACAGAGCAGCAAGAGUCGUGCUCCGAGCACGUUGCGGAUCUCAACGUGGCUGAGGCUGACACGAGCAUCAGCGAGGAUGCCGACGAGACCCAAGUGUGGAAUCACCAGAGCUUUUCGGAGCUCAGUUCCGGUUUCACAGGUCCGCUGCCAAGUCUCAUUCAGUCGAGUGCUUGCAACAGUGCUGCUGGUUUCACUGCUGUCGAACAAACCAACAAGCAGGCUGAAGAAGAUGACCAAAUAUUUGACGUCCGUGGGGACUACAAGGCGAAGCUGGCGAGACGAGCUAGCGUGCAACGUGUGCUCGCCCUGUCGGAUGCAGAAGGGGCAAGGUUGCAAAAAAGAGCAUCGCUGCUGCGUAAGAAAGGUUCACAGCACCAGCUCAAGCGUCGAUCUUGUCAUAUGGACGGAAGUGAUUCGCAAGCUGUAGGUGGUGGUGCGUCUAGUAGUAGCAAACGGUCUUCGGCUGCGUCGAGCGUGCGACGACGCAGCUUUGUGCGGCCGAUAGGCGACAAGGAGGGCUGGAAGGUGGUCGGCGCAAGUGGGAGUGAGGGCAGCACUGUGGGGCAGUCCGAGAAUAAGAGUGCUCCCUGGGAUGACUGGGUCGAAGAGCAUCCACAAAGGCGGCCACCCUCUCCGGAGUCGACGCCGACGCAGCAACGUGUCGAAGUACAAGUAGAUCUCGCCUUAGCCCACCUUCGAGCUGCCCAAGACGCAGAUCAUCUUCGAAAGCAAGGAUACACGCACGAGCAGUCCCACGGGCCCAACGUGACAGCUGAAAACAAGGAAAACUCCAAGCUGGACAACAACAAAAACAACUUCCACGUGCUUGGCAAGACAGUGCAUGUCGAGCAAGACUGCGAUUCACCCGCAUCGACGUUCAGACUGUCCCUGGCGCUGACGCCGUUGCAGCUGCAGCCGUUGGACGUGUUUUCGGAUCUCGAUGGCAGGCCUUGA